UCUGGUGUUGCUGUGUCGUUUGCUGAGUGUCCUAAUUUCCCCAUUUCUGUCCAUUUUUCGUGAAAAAUCCCCAUUGAUUUGCAUCAAAUUACAAUCAAAUAUGACGGAGAGUGGCGCCUCGAGAUUGAGGUUGAUGAUUAAGCAGGAAUUGAGGGAGAAUGAAGUGGAAAUGUGCCGUCUUUGUGUGGGACGAUCGCCAGACUAUUUUCCAGUGUUCACGGAAAAUCUUCCUCAGCUGCUUUCCACACAUCUGGGAGUUUCUCUCAGCGAGACUGACAAUUGGCCCAAGUUCGUGUGCUCUGGAUGUGUGGAGAAAGUCCAUGAGAUUGUUAAGUUCAUUGACACCGUGCGAGAGAGUGAAAACAUUCUCAGAAAUCUCUUCGGAGAGCGCGAAACCAUACCGUGUGCUGUGAAUACCGCCUCGGGUGAGCCAGGAAGGGAAGUGAAAGAGGAAAAGGCUCAGGAAAGCACAAUGAAGACACAGGAUAGCGGGAUUUUGAGGCAAAUGUUGCUGGGCGAGAUCUCAAAGUGCUCUUAUAUGAAUCAGAAACCGCCAGUGCCUCAGCAAACCACAUCUCUGCUGCGGGAUCAGUUGCUGAAGCCUCUUCCGCCUCGCAUAGUUGUGCGGAAGCCGCCAGUGAAGCGCAGUCGGAAGAGAAACAUUUGGUCUCCUGAGGAUAUUGAGGCUCUGCACAGUCGAAUAGAAUCCUUCUACAGUCUGACAUGCGAUAUUUGCAAGGAGACUUUUGCCAAAUUCCGCGAUCUCGAGGAACAUUUCCGGGAAAUUCACAGCCGAAAUGCUUACAUUCUCUGCUGCAAGCUCAAAUUCUCCGGCUUCACCAAUCUCAAUGAUCACCUGAUCUUUCACGACGAUCCGGAGGCCUUCAAGUGCAGAGAUUGCGGGAAGUGCUUCAAGUAUCAAGUCAGUUUGGACUUCCACACCAUCAAUACUCACACGCCGCACGAGAUGAGAGGCUUCCAGUGCCCCAAUUGUCCGCAGCGCUUCGUCACGGGCAAAAUGCUGAAGCAGCACGCAAUGGUUCACCAGCUGAGGGAGAAGAUCCACACUUGUCCGCACUGCCGGAGGACUUUCGAGCGGAAGGCCAGCGUGCGGAAGCACAUAAGAACAUUCCACGAGGCAGAAGACAGCCACCGACGCCUGAGUUCAGAUGAAUCCUACGAGUGCCACUUGUGUGGCGAGAAAUCCCACCACAAAUUUGCCUUGCGAACUCACAUGAAUGUCGUUCAUCUGAAGAGGAGAAGACUUCAUCCAGAGAAAUACCCGGCGGACUGUCCUUAUCUGAAGAGGCGGAACCGCAAUUUUCAUGCCGUCUCCCACAUCAUCCGGGACAGCGGGGAAAGUCAUCAAGGAAGGUCACUGAUGAUGAAGUCUGACAUUCUGUCUCUGGACUCGAGAAUUGCCGAUGGUGAUGAUUUGUUGAUGUUAUUGACAAAAUACUGUGCUAAUUUCUCACGAUCCGUGGCCGAUGUGCUGAGAAGAGCGUAUCGCGGAUCGAGGAACAUUUCUGACAAUUUCUCACGCGAUGCCGGAGCGUCUGUGGAUCCGUCCAGGAAGUGCUGGCGUGCCAAAACACAAGAGAAGAGGUCAACAAUGCUAAUACGUGGUUCACCUUUUGGACGGUCACUGUAUCAGAAAUUGCUGCUUCUCGCCAUCGUCGCCGUGAGCUUUGUCUUCUACUUUAAGUUCAUCAAAUUCAGCACAGAACACCUCAAUGCCAGCCCAGAGACGAACUUUGUCGACACAAACAUUAUCGAUGGGCUGAAUCCGCUGGAGAAGCUCAUCCGGGCGGAUAUGCUGAAGCAGGAGCGCGGCUUGGGCGAUCGCGGGAAGCCCGUGACGCUGUUUGGGGCGGCCAAGAAGAAGGGCGACGAUGAUGUGAAGAGAAUUGCACUCAAUGAGGAACUCAGCGAACACUUGAGCUACAACCGAACUGUGCCUGAUGCCAGGAAUCCGCUGUGCCGCAGCAUUCGCUACGACGUCGACAAUCUGCCCAGCGCCAGUGUUGUCAUCAUCUUCUACAAUGAACCGUAUUCUGUGCUGGUGCGAACGGUGCACAGUGUGCUCAACACGGGCGAUCAGCGCAUCCUCAAGGAGAUCAUCCUCGUGGAUGACGCCAGCGUGAAUCCGGAACUCAAGGACAAGCUCGAUUACUACAUCGAGACACGAUUUCCCAAGAAUGUGCGCCUCAUCCGGUUGAAGAGCAGAUUGGGCCUCAUUCGUGCCAGAUUGGCGGGCGCUCGAGUGGCGCGCGGCGACGUGCUGGUCUUCCUUGAUGCGCACUGUGAGUGUGUGGAGGAGUGGCUGGAGCCGCUGCUGGCCAGGAUCAAGGAGUCACGCACGAGUGUGCUGGUGCCGAUUAUCGAUGUGAUCGACGCGAAGGACUUCCACUACAGCAGCAACGGCUACAGCACCUUCCAAGUGGGUGGAUUCUCGUGGAGUGGACACUUUGACUGGAUCGACAUCUCGGCGCACGAGCGCGCUCGCCAGGCGCGUGAGUGCGCGCACAAGGACGUGGACGUGUGUCCCACGUACAGUCCGACGAUGGCCGGCGGGCUGUUUGCCAUCAAUCGCGAGUACUUCUGGGAAGUGGGCAGCUAUGAUGAGCAGAUGGACGGCUGGGGCGGCGAGAAUCUUGAGAUCUCCUUCAGAGUGUGGCAAUGCGGAGGGACAAUCGAGACAAUUCCAUGCUCACGCGUUGGCCACAUCUUCAGGGACUUCCAUCCGUACUCAUUUCCAGACAAUAGAGACACUCAUGGCAUCAACACCGUUCGAAUGGCGCUCGUCUGGAUGGAUGAUUACAUCAAUCUGUUCUUCUUGAACCGUCCAGAUUUGAAGAAUCACCCAGAAGUGGGUGAUGUGACGCACAGGAAAGUACUGCGGGACAAGAUGCGAUGCAAGAACUUUGAUUGGUACCUGAAAAAUGUCUUCCCGGAAAAGUUUAUACCAACGAAAAAUGUUCAGGCAUACGGACGUGUGAAAUCACUGUCGUCCAACAUGUGCCUCGAUGAUUUGCAGCAGGAUCGCGAGGCGCCCUUCAAUGUCGGCAUCUACGGUUGUCACGGGCCUCACGUUGCGCAUUCGCAGUUCUUCUCACUCACGCACGACGGCGUCCUUCGUAUCGAAGAAGCGUGUGCCUCUGUUCAGGAGAGCAAAUCCAGCAGAAUGUUUGUCAUCAUGUCGAGCUGCAACAAAUACAAUGCAGUGAAUAAUCGAUGGGAAUUGACGGCAGGCAAGCAACUCAGGUAUGUUAAGUUGAAUCUCUGCCUGGACAUGCGUGAUCUCAAGGAAAUGGACUACAUUUAUGUGGCUCCGCUUCCACGAAGGCGUUCACAGCUCAGGGAGGCGCACCACGGGCUGGCUUGGGGCAUCCCAGAAGGCUUCGCAGUGAUCUACGAGGUCUUCUUCGGCUGUCGUGAGCACUUCUUCGUCCUGCUGCCAGGAUUUCUGCACCAGGGCGCAGGAUUCCAGGGUAUGUCAUUCUCGAAGCAGAAGGCCUGCAGCAGCACCUCCUGCAUGUGUGUGGCGCUGUCGCCGGCGGAUGGCGGCGCCAGGAAGCAGAACAGGGCAUCCUCGGGGGCAGAUGAGAGUGUCUUCACCGCUGCCGCCACACCCACAAUUGUCCUCUUGUCCGUUUGCGCCCUCAGCAACACAUUCCGGACCGUCCGUCCGAGAUUCUGCGGCUUGCGACCCAUUUCAACAGGUUCCAGUGAUUUCUCCUCCAAUACCAUGAUUCUCUCUCUCGAUUCACGUCUCAGGGAUAUGAAUUCGGAAUGCGGUGCCAGCUUACUGACUAUCACCGUGGCUCUGAUGAUCCUUCUUGGCGUGUGUCUGGCACUGAUAAAAUCCAAAUCUGGCAGUUCAAUAUCCGCUGAAUCACUUGUGUUUACACCGUCUUAUGCAAUUCAAAUAGAAUCUUCCGUAAACAAGCAUGAAUUUGAUCAUGUUAAAGUUAUCAAACCCAUCAAAUCAGAAAAGACAGAACACAAGUGUCCAAUUUGCCAGAGGACAUUUAGCAAAAGAAAUGGCUUAUCAAAACACUUGAACAGCUCUCAUGACAAGAAGAAAGUUCAUAAUUGUGAGAUUUGCGGAUUUAGCUUUAAGAUUGCGUCUCAACUGAAGAAGCAUUUGAGCACUACUCACGCCACUGAGAGGAGUUUUGAGUGUGCCUAUUGCUCGAAGACGUUCAAGGGAAAGGGAAAUCUUCUUGAGCAUAUCACGUUUCAUCUGGAAAAGCCUCGGCCGUGUCCGAUUUGCAACAAGAUUCUGAAGAAUUCUCGUGCAGUGAAGAAACACAUGAGAAAUCAACACAGAGGCAGUGAAAUUGCACUGCGAAAGCCAGUUUCUUGUCACAUCUGUGGCAAGAUCUACUCAAGUGAUCACUAUCAUCGACACUUGGCGACUCAUGUGAAGAUUGAGCGGAGUUUUAAGUGUGAAAUCUGCCAUCGAGAGUUCGGCAAAAGCUGGUUGCUCAAGGAUCACAUGAGCACUCACAGUGCAGAGAAGCCAUUUGCUUGCGAUGUCUGCAGUAAGACAUUCAGGACGAAAGUAAUCCUCACUCGGCAUAAAAAGUGUCACGUUCCUCUCACCGAACCGCCCAAGAAAUGUCUCUAUUGCUCCAAAACUUACAGGCAACAUUCCAGUUUCGAUCAACACAUGAUUAUUCACCACAGAGGACUUCCUAAGAGAUCAAAUAAAAUUCCCGUUUGCACAGUUUGCAAUACGAAAUUCAAGAAUCUAAAAGAAUUGAUCGAUCACGUGAAGAUUCAUAAACUGGAGAAACGCUUCGAGUGUGCAACUUGUGACGUCAAAAAUGUAAACAAGUCGGCGUGCAUUUUUUGCUAUGCAGACGGCAAAAACAUGGAGAUAAAGGAAGAAAAGGAAGAUUCUGGUUAUUUUUACGACGCUGAAACGGCUGUGAAGAUUGAAAAACCAUCAGUUGAUUGUGAGAUUGUGAAAGCAGAGUAUGAAAUUCCAGGAGUGCCGAAUUAUGCUGGCGAAAAGAAAUUCACUGUGGUAAACAUAAGGAAAGUGAAAGUCUUGACAAGGAGUGAGAUUGUUAAUAUAAUUAAGGAAGAACCACCUGAUCCUGAGCCACAAGAUAACAAUGAUCAGGGCGGAAGCUCAACUGUGGAGAAGACAAUUAAGACGGAGGAUUGCGAAAGAAGAGUUGAGAAGAAAGAUUGUCUUCGGGCGCUGCUUAGGCGGAUUCGGAGUUACUUGGAGAAACCUCGAUCGUGUCCAAUUUGUCAGGUGGUCGCGAGGAACUCUCGGAGUCUCGAGGAUCACGUGAGGAUUCGACACAAGGAAUGCAGCGCAGCGGGGAAGGAGAGUCAGCUGGAGUGUGCAGAAUGUGGCAUGAGAUUUGAGGAAAAAGAUCUGGUGAAGAGACACAUGAAGAGGAUUCAUUUGAAGUCGAAGGGCCGCAGGGAGAAGAUAUCGAGCAACAACUACUUGACCAAUCUGAAGAAGACUCUGCAGAGACAGAGUUCCAAGACGCCGCUAGUGUGCCAAAUUUGCCGGGAGGAAUUUGCCUACGUCAAUUCCCUCGCGGUUCACAUCGAGAGUCACGAGUCGCUGGACGACAGAAGGAUCGUCUGUCCCUUCUGCUCGUGCAUUGUGGGCCAGAAUUUCACUUUGCGCCAGCAUGUGGCGAAAUAUCACCCGAAAUUUGUGUCCAGCAAGAAUUCCGCCCCGAAGACAAUGAAUAUGAAUUUCGUGUUUGAGAGAAUGGCAUUCUUCUGCAACUUGUGCGGAUGGAUUUCCACCUGCCAAUACUUCCACGAUCGACACAUGGCGAGACACAGUAAGCCGGCGAAGGCGCGCAAGGUUUACGAGUGCGAAACGUGCCACUGGAAGUAUGACAGAAGAGACAAGCUGAGGAUACACAUGUUAACGCACGGCACGGAGAAGCCCUAUGUCUGCGAUGUCUGCAACAAGGCAUUCCAUUCGAGCUUCCUGCUGAAGCGUCACAAAUUGAUUCACAAUCCUGAGCCCCGAAAUUGUCUCUAUUGCAAGAAGAUCUUCAACACUGGCUAUGGAUUGCAGAUGCACCUGGCGAAUGUCCACAGAGGUCUGCCUAGGAAGGGUGGUUCCGAUGCUUCGUGCACAAUUUGCAAGAAACACUUUCAGAGCAUGACAGAAUUGAUGGCGCACACGAAGAUACACAAGUUCCAACAGUGCUUCAUAUGCGCAUUGUGUGGCGUAAAAGUACGCAAGAAAUAUGCUCUGCAGCGACACAUGGAGAAUUUCCAUAUGCAUAAGAAGGAUUCUGAGGACAAGCACAAGUGCGAUGUUUGCCAGAAGACCUUCAACUACAAAUACAAUCUGCAGAGACAUUUGCAAGCGCACAGCAAAACCAAACCGUUUCCCUGCAAAGUGUGCAACAGAAAGUUCAAGUUCAUCGAUUCGGUGAAGAGUCACAUGGAGGAGCAUGAAGUGUUGAAGGGAAGUGCCAAGAAGUGCUUCUACUGCACGAAGUGUUACGACGACAAGAGCACAAUGCGGAAGCACGUGAGACUGAAGCAUCCUGGAUUGCCGCUCAACACCGCCGGACCGCCGUUCAGGUGUGCAAUUUGCCGCGAAGACUAUCUGACGAUGAACGAUCUGAAGGAGCACGUGAAGGAACACAGGAAAUUCCUCACGUGCGGCAUUUGCAAGCAGACCUUCAAGGCCAGAUACAACCUGAAACUCCACGUUGGCUCUCAACACAGAGACUCCAAUUUGCCGAAAGUGAUUCUGGAGAAAUGCUUCGAGUGUUCAAUUUGUGGGAAGAAAUUCGACCGAAGGUAUCCAUUGAAGGUGCACGCAAUGAAGUGCGUGGCGAAGAGACGACAAUCAGAGAGACUGAAGAAGCGCAAGAAGAGAUGAUCAUCACAAAAUUGCUUUAAUUGGAGUUCCUUGGGAGAAUUCUGUCCAUCGCUGUUCUUUGAAUUGAAAUA